AUGAAGCAAGUCAAGACUCUCCCGUUGACCGACGAAUGUCACCACUGGACUCAUCUUGGCGAGGUGCCCUGGGACUUGCAGAAAUACUGGCAACAGCGGUACACGAUAUUUCCCUACUACGAUGAUGGUAUAUACAUGACCCAAGACGCCUGGUUUGGCGUGACCCCCGAACCUGUCGCGAUAUGCAUUGCCGAGGAACUUUCCACUAUUGUCAGCUCCAACAAACGCACCGUGAUAGAUGCGUUUGCCGGUGUAGGCGCAAACUCCAUCAGUCUAGCCCUCGCUACGGAGGGAGAGAGCGGAAAGCAACGCUGGGACAAAGUAAUAGCGAUCGAGCUAGACGCAGCGACGCUCGCCUGCGCGCAACACAACGCCUCCCUAUAUGGCGUUGCCGACGACAUCACAUGGGUUCUCGGCGACAGCUUCAAGUUCAUGGAGCUGCUGACAAAUACGCCCGGCAAGCUUGAGUCGGACCUCCGAGUUGACAUAGCUACGACAGCCGUGUUCGCAUCGCCGCCGUGGGGUGGUCCGGGUUACCGGACUGACGAGAUAUUCAACCUAAACUUUAUGGAACCGUACAACCUCGAAAAACUCCGCGUGGCCUACCGACUGAUGGAUCACGCACUUUAUCUGCCUCGCACGAGUGAUCUACGACAGAUUGCUAAGCUAGCCCCUGAUGGCACCAAGAUUGAGGUUGUCCAGUAUUGUGUCGAAGGGGCCAGUAAAGCAAUGGUUACCUAUAUUCCAGCGGCCACGAAUGAGCAGAACAACGAGCCUAUGGACGAGUCUAUUGAUGACUCUACGAACGACCUCACCAACGACCUCACCAACGACCUCACCACCGACCUCACCACCAAUAUCACCACCGACCUCACGAAGGAUCACACCAACGAUCUCACCAACGAUCUCACCAACGAUCUCACCAACGAUCUCACCAACGAUCUCACGAAGGGUCUCAUGAGCAAUCUCACAAACAAACACGCGAACGACCAGGCGAUGGACCAAAUGAACGGGUACGCUUAA